UUCUCUCUCUCUCUCUCUCUCUCUCUCUAUCUGUAUAAUGGCACAGCAUCACCUGCCCUCAUUUCUUUAUUCAGAAGCCUUAUGAAGUGCCGGGAGACUCAGCCAUGAGGUGGCAAGGAUACAGAUACAUCAGUUAUUUGCUGUGAUUUUUUACAGUCACUGUAAUGAAAGUGCUGUGAUCAAGUAAGAAAUCGUUUUGGAUUCGGAGUGAAGCGGCGUUUGCGCAGCUCUGUCAGAUGAUUUGAUGUAGCCGUCUGUGAUCGGUGGCACAUGCAUGCAUAGACAACACGACCGCGCAAGACAUGUCGAGGAGCUGAAUUUGCAGGAUUGUGGUUAAACAUGUCUGAGGAGGUUAGCAGAGAAAAAUUCAGCUGCAGCUCUGAGUCCAUAUGGGCUUUUUAGAGCAAUCCGAGAAACACUGACGUUCAAGUUGCAUGGGGCUAUUUUCUUCUCUGCGAGCGGUUCUAGUUCUACUCCUGCACUGUCAUCUUGAUUUCGCUUCUUCAGAUAUAAUCAAGGGUGGCAAGAAUUACACCAAAACAUAUGAGAACAUCAUCCUUCUUUGCAAAAAGGAGAAGGUCAGAAUUGGAACCUGCUUGGUGGAUCGAUUAAGAUGUUACUAUAGGAAAGACUGUGGCAGGGAGUACAUGUUGAUGAAACUGAUUUGUUCAGUGAGCUCAAACCAGAGCAGUCAUGCUCAUGAAUACCCAGACUGCCAAGAAGGGGGUAAUGAAGCCAGCCUGCUGGUGUCCCCUCUGGUGGUGGCUGGCAUCGUCAUCGGCCUGGUGCUAUUCCUCUCCUGCGUCACCAUCAUUGUGGGCAGUCUGCGCAAAGACAGCCGCCUGCGUAACCCCCACCUGCGUGCCAGCUACGCUCCAGAUGGCCUCUCAUAUGGUGGCUCCAUUGGAGAGCUGAGGUCCACUUGUGUUGAGGACUUUCCCCCUGCAUUUGACUUUGACUCUUAUGUGGAGACGCUGUCUCAAGUCAACGUCAUGUACCCAGACUCCCCACCUCAUUAUGAUGAGUGUGUGGGACAAGGGACGCAGAUAUAUGUUCCAACGGACGAUCCGCCCCCCUACUCCCUCACAGACCCGUGCCGGGAGCAUCCCGCCCCACACCGUCACAGAGAGAUGGAGGAUCUGCUCGCUGGUGCUUCUUGGGUGUCAGCAAGUGGCUCUUCCCAUUACCCAACCAGACUACAGGACUUCAGGCACCAGCCAAUCGCCUCCAUCUCUUUGUCAGCCUUACCUUUAGAUGAGGCGCCCCCAUACGAGGCAGUAGUGAGUGAACAAAACCAGCCUCUUCCUCUGAUGCCCCUGGAUCUGCUCAAACACACUACAGCAGACAGCAGUCCUCAGGACAGCGUUUCCCACAGGAUCCUGUAAUCCUGGCCCCUCCUGCUCACUCAUCCGUCACUGUACCAAACCAGCUUUGAGAGGGACUCUGUUGUGUGGCUGGGGUCUUCUGAGUCGAGAGCUGAAACUGACACCUGCAGGAGCCCACAAUUACCUCUCACUUCAGCCGACACAGACACUGCACCUCCUGUUUUCUGUGACACAGCGGGAGUCGCCAUGAGAGCACAGGGCUAUCGACCACUUUUUUGUGCGUCACCUCACCUUGUCUUUCGCUUAUGGUGUAAUUAGAUGUCAACGUGUGUCUUCUUUUACUGCUAGACUGAUAGAUGAUUUAAAUAUCACAAGCACCAGUUUCAAUAACUGUUGAAAUGUGCCCUUCUGGAUGUCAGAAAAGAGCAGAAAGCCUCUUAAUAAACCUGGGGCCGUAAUAGAGAAAUUUACAUAGGAAUAGAAAUUGAUCUUUCUUUUUAGUGUGAAAAUGUGUUCCUGCAUGAGUGACUGUGUAUUUCCAACAGGUCUAUUUUUCGUUCAAGUUUUGGGUUGGUUUUAACUACACUAGUCAACAUUUGAAGUGGAUCCGAAGUUGUCUUAAAACCUAAAACCAAAAUGCGUUCUUGUCUUAGGACAACUUUGAUGAACUUUUUUGAUCCACUUCAAACGUUGGCUACUAUAUUUACGUUUUGUAAACUGAAAGUUUUUUUAAGAUGAUAUUUUGUAAAUUUAAUAACUAGAAUAACUAGCAAAGAUGAGAAAUUACCUUUAACAGAAAUUUGAAUGUCAUCAGAAAAUCAAUAUGCUUUUAAUCCAUACUUUUUUACAGAUCAUUUGAUUUAUUUUCUCCUUUACAUCAGUGGUUCUCAACCAGAGGGCCAGGGCCCACUAGGGGCCUAAACCAAGCUUCCCGAUAAGUCUUAAUAUGAUUUAAAUAUAGUUAUAUUAACAUAAUCUUAAAGGAAUAGUUCACUCAAAAAUUUCAAUAUGCUUCAAAAUUACAAACCCUCAGAACAUCCAAAAUGUAGAUGAGUUUGUUUCUUCAUCGGAACAGAUUUGGAGAAAUUUAGCAUUACAUCACUUGCUCACCAGUGGAUGAUCUACGGUGAAUGGGUGCCGUCAGAAUGAGAGUCCAAACAGCUAAUAAAAACAUCACAAUAAUCUACAAGUAAUCAACGUGACACGCAACAAUUAACAUCUUGUGAAUAUUGUCUUGGACAAAGGAGAGGCUUGAAGUCAAAAAGGUUGAGAACCACUGUUUUACAUCUAUUUCACAGAUCACUGUGAUUUAUUUAUAUAUCCUUCUGUUUGCAGAGACUACUGUUUUCCUAAAGUCUCAAAUGCAUCUGAAGAUCUUAUUAGGAGAACAGCAGAUGUCUGAUAAGUGAUAUCAAUGCAUAUGACAAUACAAACUAUAGUUAGAAAGGGCUUUAGGGAACACUUCGCCAAAGGGUGUAAAACAAUUGUUCUUCUAAACUGCAUUGAUGCUGUGUACAUUAGAACAUAAGAGCUGAGACUAUAAGUAGCUCAAUUGCAAAGCCGUUGUAGCAUCGACGUCAAUAUGAAAUGAAACAUAAGAUAGUUCUUGCUGGACACAUUCUGUGCUUCCGAAACAUGUAUGUAUCAGAUUUGUUUCUGUUUUCCUGUUUUAUUUAUUCAUUGUAACACAAUGGCUUCGCCACAUGCAUGUUUCUAAUAUACAAUGUGCCUAUUAAUCACCAUGACUGUUAGAUUAACAUGCUAAAGUGAACUAAAUUUCAUUCCAAAACACACAUAUAUAUACAUAUAUUUAUUUAUAUAUUUAAAAGCUGCCCAGAAAUGACACUGCAUGACACCUCACCUCUAUUCUCGCCACUUUCCCUCACAGCACGGAAGUAAAUACUUACAGAAAAGAGGGUCUGUAAGGGAUUUUUAAAUUGAAUUUGAUGCAUGAAUGCGUUUCUUGUGUAGUGAAAAGCAGCUCAAAGCAGAAAUGAAUAUUAAAUGGCCCACUAUUAUUUAUUUAUUGUAGUUUGAAUGGAUGUCAACUUUGGACUCUCAUAUUAUAGUACUUUUGACUUCCACCAAUGUUUAGUUAAAAAUUCUAUACUCAUCACAGGCUACUUUUCCAAUAACAACACAUCUGAAGUAGCAUUACAAGGUAAUUUUGUAGAUGUCGAGCCUGUCUCAUUCUGCUCAUAUAGCUCUGUAAAGGCGUGAGCUGUAUCGGUCAACACCUUAGAUGAAGACUGGUCCAGAUGUGGUCCAGAUGUUCUAUGAUGUAAUGAGUGUAUUAGCUGUUGCCACCACACUGUAAUAAUAAUACUGUGUCUGUAAACCCUUGAGUCUAAUGGAAUAGUUCACCCAAAUAUGAAAAUUUGCAGACAAUGUACCCUUAUGCCAUCUAAAGAUGUAGAUAGAAUUUGUUUCUUCGUCGGAACAGAUGUGAAGAAAUUUAGCAUUGCAUUACUUGAUUACCAAUGAAUCCUCUGCAGUGAAUGGGUGCCGUCAGAAUGAGAGUCCAAACAGCUGAUUAAAACAUCACAAUAAUCCAGAAGUAAUCAACAUGACUCCAGUCCAUCAAUUACCAAUAUUACGAAGUGAAAAGCUGCAUGUUUGUAAGAAACAAAUUCAUCAUUAAGGCAUUUUCUGCCCAUAUAAUUUAGAAUCCAUAAUAACGCUGAAAAAGUCCAUCCCCGAUGUCCUUUUACAUCAAAAUCCAUUUGUUUAGAACUGUUUUGGUUUGUUUCCGUUUGUAAACGGUGCAGACGAGACUACUUUUUCACUGAAGCAAUAUUAUAGAUAGAGGAUUCAUAUUUUAGUCAGAAACAAGAGUCUGAAGUUAAAAGGGAAGUCACUGUGGGAAGUGUGUAAGAUUUUCAUUUCUAAAUGAUAAGGUCGCUCACUAAAUGGAAACAAACAUUAUUGGGACAAUUCCUGCUGUUUUUGUUUCCACAGUUAAAGGGGAAUAAAAUGCAAAGAAACAUUUUUUUUUUAAAAAUUUGUUAGUUUUUUCACUGUGGGAAGUCGUGGCCUAAUGGUUAGAGAGUUGGACUCGUAAUCCAAAGGUUGCGAGUUCGAGUCUCGGGCCGGCAGGAAUUGUAGGUGGGGGGAGUGAAUGUCCAGCGCUCUCUCCACCUCAAUACCACGACUGAGGUGCCCUUGAGCAAGGCACCGAACCCCCAACUGCUCCCCGGGCGCCGCAGCAUAAAUGGCUGCCCACUGCUCCGGGUGUGUGUUCACGGUGUGUGUGUGUUCACUGCUGUGUGUGUGCACGUUGGAUGGGUUAAAUGCAGAGCACAAAUUCCGAGUAUGGGUCACCAUACUUGGCCGUAUGUCACUUCACUCACUCACUCAUAAAAACA